ACGGAAACACGCAGAAGUGAGUCCUCUCACUUCCUCCAGAGUGCUCUUUGACCCUCUAAUGCUGUCAUCAGUCUCUACCGACAGCCGGCUCGACAUCAUGGCUCACUUUUAACGAUUUCCCACUCAACAUACUCUAAUCUGACGGAUAUUUUGAUGGAUCUAGUCUUAGUUUGGUGUGUUGUAUCGGAACAAAACCUCGUCUCUCCGGCUUGUUGCUUGGCUACCGGUAGUUAACGUACGGCUAGCUAAUGCUAACCUCGCUAGCGCGUUGCUAACGUUACUGAUGAAGUAAAGUAGUGAUAACAAGUCUGAUAAACAGUUUAUACUCCUUCUCAUGGACUGUGGUAACGUAUUUAAGUGUUAAGCUAUUAAAGUGCCGUUUUCUAAAGCUAAAUACCGAGCAAACUCAGCUGGUUUAUAAGCUAAAGGUAGCUUUAGCUCCUCCUGGUUGAGUCUUCCUUCAAACAGCUCAACCUUUCUGCCAACAUGAUGGACUUUGAUAACAUAUUGGACAUUGCCUCGGCCAACCAGGGUGUUUCUAGUAAUGGACAGACCAAGAGAUACAGUUUACAAGCUGGACCACCCAAAAAGGACCCGAGGUCGAAAGGUGUAAGUUCUUCUGCUGUGCAGGCGCUUCUGAAGAAGCAAAACUGUGAGAGCAAAAAGAAAGAAUUGAUAAAGAAGAAAGAGAAGGAUGAACUUCUAGCAAAGAGGGUUGAGUUAAAGUCCGACCGUAAAGCACGAGCCAUGGCUUCCAGAACUAAGGACAAUUUCAGAGGCUACAAUGGCAUCCCAGUGGUAGAGCUUCCUAAGAAGAGGCGAACAAAACAAGAAAUGAUGGAUGAAAGAUCGAUGAGUGAGGACGGAUUUAGGAAUAACUCGAUUGACGCAGAGGAUGAUGAGGAUAAUUAUGAGUAUGAACAAUCAGAUUCAGAGUCGGAGCAGGAGCCAGAACCGCGGAGACCUGGGAAAGCCACGGGUUAUAGUGAAAAUAAUAAUAGAAGUAGCAGCAAGCCCUCCUCUAAAAAAGCUGCUCCACCACCCAUGAACUUUGCAGACUUACUCAAAUUGGCAGAGAAAAAGCAGUUUGAGCCAGUUGAGGUAAAAGCCAAGGCAGUGAAAAAUGACGACAGGCUCCGAACAGCUGAGGAGAUAAGGGAACUGGAGAUGGAGCGCAAGGCUAAGAGAAAGGACAAAGACCCAAAGGCAGAGAGAGAACGAGACAGCAAGUCUCAGCCUAGCUCUAGUUCAAUAAGAAAAAACACGUCGGAGAAGGAGCAGAAGAACUACAGACCACAAAAGAACUCCUUAGAGAAGCAGAGUCUUCCCAGUGGGUCAGGGAAGAAGUUGCAUGCAACACCGACUAGUGAUAAAGGCCACUCUUCUUCUAGGCCCUCUGUUAGUGACAGAGAAAGACCCAAGAUGUCUCACAACGACAGAGACAGAGACAGAGACAGAUCCAAGACAAGCUCGUCUAGUCCAUCUGGUGCCAUAAACAGUAAAGUUCAUUCGAAAGCCAUGUCUUCUCAGGUUUCAGCCAAACAAGGGGGGCUCAAGUCCUCAUCUAGCCACAAAUCCAGCACCUCAAGUGACCUUAUCAUCAAAAAAGAAAACUCAUCAAGAGCCUCAGGUAUUUCUGGGACCAGAGCUCCUGGUACAGCUGCAACAGGCCAAAGAUCUCAACAUGGGAGCUCCCAGCAGACCAGGCCCAGUCAGGGUAGCUCAUUGAAGCAGGGCCCUGUAGUCGGAGGCCCAAAAUCUGGAAAGGGAGAACAACCAAGGCCUGGAAAUAAUUCUGCUGUAAAAUCAAGCGGUAAUUCAGUGAUGAGAUCUUCAUCGGGCGGCCCUCCUAAGGCAGGGGGCCAACCUCAGUCAAGGCCCGGAGGCACACCCCAGGCACGACCUGGUGGUGUCCCCCAGGCCAGGCCUGGUGGUGCCCCCCAGGCCAGGCCUGGUGGUCUCCCACAGGGCAGGCCUGGUAGUGUACCACAGGGCAGGUCUGGUGGUGUACCACAGGCACGACCUGGUGGUGUCCCACAGGCCAGGCCUGGUGGUGUUCCACAGGCCAGGCCUGGUGGAAGUGGUCUACAGGGUCACCCUAGAGGUGGUGGAUCCCGACCUCCAGGGAUCGGACCUGGUCGGCCAGGCAGCAGAGGACCAGUACCCGGUCGACCGACUGGCAGCGUUGGAUCAGGACCUGGAAGACCCCAGUGCACUGUGGUGUCAGAGACCAUUUCAUCAAAGAACUUUGGUGGACCCAGACCAGGAGCCCCUCCUCGGCCAGGCAUGCCACAGAGACCCGGGAUGCCACCCAGACCAGGAAUGCCAUCCAGACCAGGAAUGCCACCCAGACCAGGAAUGCCACAGAGACCUAUGAUGAACAGACCACCAGGUCCAGUGUUACCACCCAUCACCUCUGCAUACAAGAGGAAAUUCGAGGAAGAGGAAGACGAGUAUGACUCAGAGAUGGACGAUUUUAUCGAUAACGAGGGUGACAAUCAAGACAUUUCCCGGCACAUUAAGGAAAUCUUCGGCUAUGAUAAAAACAAAUACAAGGACGAGAGUGACUAUGCACUUAAAUUCAUGGAGAGCAGCUGGAAAGAUCUGCAGAAAGAGGAGGCCAGAAGCCUGAGAAUGGCUGUGCAGGAAGAUAUGGAGGAGGAGAGAAGAGAGGAGGAGGAAUUCAAAAGGCAAACUGCCAAGAGGAAAAGAAAUAACUGAAGCACCUUUGUGGCUGAGAUGAAUAAACAAAAGAAAAAAACGUGGUGUCUCCUGAACGGUGGGACAGGGGGUCUGCAGUGAAGCCCAGUGACUGUGUUCACCUCGGCCUCUGUUGCUUUCUCUCCUUAUGUUCGGACAAAAACUGAGUGGAGUGACACAUGGCGUUGGCUCCAGAGGAAAAGAGAAGAGUGCUGGUCAAAGACAACCUGAAAAAGUCAAAAACAAAAUAUGCACAAAUCAUUCAAGCAUUAAGUCUGUGACGAAAAUUUCUCCCCGUUAAAUUAUUUAUUUCUUCCCACUGAGUGCAGUUUUGUCUCAAUAUCUUAAAAAGAACUGAGAACUACAAAUAUGGACGUGUGAUUUUUUUAAACUAACAAUGACGUAUAAGUUAUGAUGAAAUGCUAUUUUUCAGCAGAAGUUGUUGCAUAUUUUUCCAAAACAAACUUUGAUUAAGUCAAUUGAAUAUGCAGAAAACUUUACUACUUGACUUGUUGUGUGUUUUUCCUUUAAAGGGAGGUGAGAUGAA